AUGCAGUACGAAACGGUUAUAGGGCUUGAGGUGCACGUGCAGCUGAAAACCCGCAGCAAGAUGUUCUGCGGGUGCCCGGCGGAUUAUCAGGCUGCCGAACCCAACACGCGCACUUGCCCGGUUUGCCUGGGACUGCCCGGCGCCCUGCCGGUGAUCAAUCGCAGCGCCGUCGAGUACACCGUGCUGACCGGGCUGGCGCUGAACUGCAGUAUCCCGGAAUUUACCAAGUUUGACCGCAAGAACUAUCCUUACCCCGACCUGAUGAAGGGAUACCAGAUAUCCCAGUACGAUUUGCCGCUGGCGCUGGGCGGUUACGUCGAUAUUGCCGGUGACCCCGCACUGGAUCUGGGGCUGCGAAGUAUCGGCGUGGAGCGGGUACACCUGGAAGAGGACGUUGCCAAGUUGCAGCACUUUCCCCAUGCCAUCAACGAGGACGGAGGCGAAGGUUACUCGCUGGUCGACGUGAACCGCUCGGGCGUGGCGCUGAUGGAAAUCGUGAGCAAACCGGACAUGCGCUCGCCGGAAGAGGCGCGCCAGUACCUCACCUCAAUACAUUCUUUGGUGCAGUAUCUGGGCGUGUCCACCGGCAACAUGCAGGACGGCAACUUCCGGUGCGAUGCUAACGUGAGCAUCCGACCCGCCGGCAGUGACGUGUUUGGCACUCGCACCGAAGUCAAGAACAUGAACAGCUUCCGCGCGGUAUACCAGGCGUUGGAGUUCGAGGUGGAGCGUCAGAAGCGCGUUAUCGGAGACGGCGACGCGGUGGUGCAGGAAACCCGCGGCUGGAUCGAAGAGCGGGAGGUUACGGUCUCCCAGCGCAGCAAGGAGUAUGCCCACGACUACCGGUACUUCCCGGAACCGGACCUGCCUCCCCUGCGUAUCGGCCCGGAGAAAGUGGCGCAACUGAAAGCCGCCCUGCCUGAGCUUGCGCCCCAACGCAAAGCCCGUUUCCAGUCCGAGCUGGGACUCUCGGAGUACGACGCCGAGUCGCUGGUGGGGUCCCGGGCUAUGGCCGACUAUUUCGAAUCUACGGUGGCCCUCAGGAACGCGACGGCCGUUGACCGGCCCGCCGCUGCCAAAGAAAUUGCCAACUGGAUGCUGGGGGAUCUGGCCCGUUUGCUGAAUCAGGACCACCGGGAUAUCGACGCAUCGCCGGUUACGCCGGAGCGGUUGAACGACCUGUUGACGUUGAUAGACGAUGGCACGCUGUCGACAUCGCUGGCCAAGACGGUUCUGGACGAGAUGUACGCCUCGGGUGGCGAUCCGGCGGACAUCGUGCAGGCGCAGGGUUUGGGUCAGAUCAGCGACACCGGCGCCAUCGAAGAUGCCGUCGCCGAGGCCAUCGCCGCGAACCCCAAAGCCGUGGCCGAUUACAUCAGCGGCAAGGACACGGCGGCGCGUUUCCUGAUGGGUCAGGUGAUGCGGCUCACCAGGGGUCAGGCGCAACCCGAGCUGGCGUUGCGGUUGGUGCAAGAGGGGCUGGAAGAGGAAAAGGCGCGUCAGGGGUGA